AUGGCGUCCAAAACAAUUCUCAUGACUGGCGUCUCAGGGUUUGUCGGUAUCCAGACCCUUUUGUCUUUCACGUCUGCGGGAUACUUCGUUCGUGGGACUGUUCGGAGCCAGAAGUCUGCAGCGCAAGUACGCACCGCCGCCAACAAGCUUGGAGUCUCUGGUCUGAAGUACGAUCUGGUAAUUGUUCCUGAUAUCACCGCACCAGGCGCAUUCGACAGUCAUCUCGAUGGUGUCGACGGCAUAAUCCAUGUGGCUUCGCCUUUCUAUAACGGUGUCAAGAAUUUUGACGAUGUAUACAUUCCUGCCGUCCAUGGUACUCUUGGAAUUCUAAAAAGUGCUGCGAAAAGGACUGAUGGCAGAAUCAAACGUGUAGUAGUAACAUCGUCAUUUGCAGCUGUCUGUGACUUUUCAAAGGGUCCACGACCAGGGUACGUCUACACCGAGAAGGAUUGGAAUCCGAUCACCAAGGAGCAAGCACUCAAAGUCAAGCCACUUCAAUACGUCGCUUCCAAGAAGCUCGCAGAACUUGCUGCGUGGGACUUUGUAGAAGCCGAAAAGCCAAGCUUCAGCCUCGCGACCGUUAAUCCCCCCAUGAUUUAUGGUCCAGUCGCCCAGCUUGACUCCACUGCGAACUUAAAUCAAUCCGCGCUCGACAUCUGGAACCUGAUGACGGGACAUGUCAAAGAAGUUCCACCAACACCUCUGCCUGCGUUUUGCGACGUUCGGGAUGUCGCUCAAACACACCUUAAAGCAUUCGAGCAUGCGACUGGAGGACGGUUCCUACCAGUCGGUGGGACAUUCCUUUUCCAGGAUGUUUGUGCUAUACUGAAAGACGUGGCGCCUGAAUGGGCCGGCUUAGUGCCAGAUCCAGAAGGUAAACCGCGCCAUGAACAUUUCUUGGUAGACAACUUUUGGACAGAGAAGGAGCUAGGAAUGAGCUUCAGAGGGUUAAAAGAAACAAUUACGGAUACAGUAGAGUCGUUCAGAGCCAUGCAGACAAAACCUAACCUCUGA